AUGCGCUUAAUAUAAGGUCAACGGUACGUCGCUUGUAAGACCAAUAGGAGGCGAAUUUGCCGACGGCCAAUCAAAACCGUCCUAUAUCUAUUUUCGUUUGUAGGUAGUUAAGAAUUCGUAGUGCUAUAAUAUACGCCAUAUCUAGUGGUUCCGGUCAGUGGCAAAACAUAAUGAUGAUGCAUCAAACAGAUUCUGAAGAUAUCAUUGAAGAGAGAGUGAUCAAUGAAGAGUAUAAGAUAUGGAAGCGAAAUACACCCUUCUUAUACGAUAUGCUUAUGUCACAUUGUCUUGAAUGGCCAAGUUUAACUGCUCAAUGGUUACCAUCUGUAGAAAAGACUGGAAGGGAUUAUUCCGUUCACCACUUGAUACUCGGGACUCACACAUCGGAUGAACAGAAUCACCUACUGAUAGUGACAGUUCAUCUACCAAAUGACCAGGCUGAAUUCGAUGCAAGUGCUUAUGAUAGUCAGCGGGGUGAUUUCGGUGGAUUUUAUUUUCCAUCUGGCAAGUUGGAAAUAUCAAUGAAAAUCAACCAUGAAGGAGAGGUGAAUCGUGCACGGUUUAUGCCACAAAAUUCAGAUAUAAUAGCUACGAAAACACCUAGUGGAGAUGUUUUAAUAUUUAAUUAUCCAAGUCAUCCUGCGAAUGCAUCAUUGGAGCAAGGUUGUCGACCGGAUUUACGUCUUACGGGUCAUCAUAAAGAAGGUUAUGGACUGUCUUGGAAUGUAUUACUCAGUGGUCAUCUUCUUUCAGCCUCUGAUGAUCAGACCAUCUGCCUGUGGGAUAUUAAUGCAACACCGUUGGACGGUUGUAAUCUCAAUGCUAUGGCCAUAUUUACAGGACAUCAUUCCGUUGUCGAAGAUGUUUCCUGGCAUCUUUUUCAUGGACAUAUUUUCGGCUCGGUGGCUGAUGAUAAUAAACUGAUGAUUUGGGAUACGCGUAGUUCAAAUCGUAGUAAACCACAGCAUCAAGUCGAUGCGCAUACAGCUGAAGUCAACUGUCUGGCUUUCAAUCCAUUCUCUGAGUUUAUUAUUGCAACAGGCAGUGCUGACAAGACGGUGGCUCUUUGGGAUCUACGCAAUCUGCGAUUGAAACUGCACUCUUUUGAAUCUCAUCGAGAUGAAAUAUUUCAGGUUCAAUGGUCACCGCACAAUGAAACAAUACUCGCUAGUUCAGGUACUGACCGACGUCUUCAUGUUUGGGAUUUAAGCAAAAUUGGUAUUGAUCAGUCUCCUGAAGAUGCAGAUGAUGGUCCACCGGAAUUAUUAUUUAUACAUGCUGGGCAUACAGCAAAAAUUUCCGAUUUUUCAUGGAAUAUUAAUGACCCAUGGACGAUUUGUUCUGUUUCUGAGGAUAAUAUUUUACAAAUUUGGCAAAUGGCCGAAAAUAUAUACAAUGAUGACGAAAUCGAUUUGGGCAAUAUGGAGCUUGAACAGCAUCGCUAACUCUCUCUCUCUCUCACCAUUAUGUUAACCUUUGUUAACACCUCUUUGUUUUUCUAUUCACUGUUUGUUUCAUAUUUUUUAUAUAUAUAUAUAUAUAUGAUGUUAUAUUAUAAAGAGAACAAGAAAAAAUAGAGCUGUGCAUUUCCACUUUCUGUGUGUGUGUGCAUUUGGCCUUCUCCGUUAAUUCAUAAGCAUAUACCCGUUUUGUGCCUACACAACCGCCUUAUACAUACAUGUGUAAGUAAAUCCUUUUUUUAUUAAAGAAAUAAAUCUGAGCAAGUUACAAGU